UGCAUGUGAUUAUCUAUAUAAAACCUAUUCAAUUGAAAAAGUAGAGAGCAGAUUUAUAAAGAAUUUCAAACUUAAAGGGUGGUUAGUGAACGAAACUAUAAAGGAUUUAAACAUGAAAUUGCUUUUCAUUAUAGUAUUGGCUAUGUUGUCGGCUGCUGUUAAGGCCAGUAUUAUACCAGCAAAUCCCAUAACUACCACCUAUGCUUUGCCUCAUACACCGGUAGCUACUUCCUAUCAAGUUGUGGCACGUAAUGUUAAUCGUGUACUGGUGCCUCAUGUACCAUCAGUAGCUUAUCCCGGUUAUGCCUCCACUUGGGCUAGUUAUCCCUAUAACUAUCGUUAUGGUUUUGGCUAUGGUUAUCCUUAUGGUCAUGUUCACAACUAUGGUUAUGGUGUUGGUUAUCCUUAUGCUUAUGGAGCCAGUGUUUGGUAAUUCUUUAAUUAUUUUAAUAGAUUAACUUUAAGACUGUGUAAAACCAAAAAAAAAAAAAAACAAAUAUAACAAAAACCCACCACUAUCCUCUGUAAUCGUUGGGAUGUUUAGUGGAAUAUAUUAAAAAUUUUUGAAUAAAAUAAAUAAAAAUAAAAUCUAAAAGGUCA